AGGAGCACAGAGGUAGCAGUCCUGAUGUGUCCCUUCCCAGUCAAAAGACACACUGCAGGACUGUCGCGGGCGAGGCACAGACCAACGCGACUAGAAAUCAGGCUGGCUGGCUUCUCCCGACCAGCCCCACGGCACGGCAUGAUGUCAUGGGAGCUGCCACUCAGCGAGAUGAAAGGGAUGCGGCACAGCCCGCUGGCACUAGGCAGCCCCGCUGGGGCACCGCGAGAGAAAGCUGCGGAUCCAGCGACUCAGUCCAGGCCGGGGAAAGCCUGCUCUCCAGAGCCGAGGCAGAACAACGUUUCCCACGUUUAACAAAAGAACGUGUGGCCAGGGAGGCGGGAGCCCAGCUAAGAACCCGAGGGUGGCGAACUUUCUAGAUCUGCGUGCCUGGGAGAAACACUCUGAUGAGAGCCAUGGCUUUAAAGGUCCGGCGUGAGCAAGGGAGAGUGCUCUUGAUCACCGUGCUUUUCCUAGGCUAUUUGUCCUGUAAAGUGAUUUGUGAAACUGGAGACUGCAGACAGCAAGAAUUCAAGGAUCGGUCUGGAAAUUGUGUCCUCUGCAAACAGUGUGGGCCUGGCAUGGAGUUGUCCAAGGAAUGUGGCUUCGGCUAUGGAGAGGAUGCACAGUGUGUGCCCUGCAGGCCGCACAGGUUCAAGGAAGACUGGGGCUUCCAGAAGUGCAAGCCAUGUGUGGACUGUGCGCUAGUGAAUCGCUUUCAGCGGGCCAACUGCUCACACACCAGUGACGCCGUCUGUGGGGACUGCUUGCCCGGAUUUUACCGGAAGACCAAACUUGUGGGUUUUCAAGACAUGGAGUGUGUGCCCUGCGGAGACCCACCUCCUCCUUACGAACCACACUGUACCAGCAAGGUGAACCUUGUGAAGAUCUCGUCCACAGCCUCCAGCCCUCGGGACACAGCCCUGGCUGCCGUCAUCUGCAGCGCUCUGGCCACGGUGCUGCUCGCCCUGCUCAUCCUGUGUGUCAUCUACUGCAAGAGGCAGUUCAUGGAGAAGAAACCCAGCUGGUCUCUGCGGUCACAGGACAUUCAAUACAAUGGCUCUGAGCUGUCGUGUUUUGACCAGCCUCGGCUCCGCCACUGCGCCCACAGGGCAUGCUGUCAAUGUCACCGGGACUCAGCCCAGACAUACGGGCCUGUUCACCUGAUUCCAUCCGUGUGCUGUGAGGAGGCCCGAAGCUCUGCCCGCGCUGCCCUUGCCUGUGGGCUGCAUUCUACGGCUACCCUUCAGGAGAGAAACGCAGCUUCGGUGGGGGACACAAUGCCAGCUUUCUUCGGGUCUGUUUCCCGUUCCAUCUGCGGGGAGUUUUCUGAUGGCUGGCCUCUGAUGCGGAAUCCUAUGGGCGGCGACAUCUCUCUUUGUGACUCUUAUCCUGAACUCAUUGGAGAAGAUAUCAACUCCCUCAGCCCAGAAAAGGAAAGCUCCACAUCUCUGGAUUCCAGCAGUGGUCAGGACCUGGCUGGGACAGCUGCUCGGGAUUCUUCUGGAAAUUUCACAGAAACUACUGACUCACCUAGAGGUGGUGAUACAGUCUGGGAGCAGACCCUAGCUCAGGAUGCUCAAAGGACUGCAAGCCAAGGAGGUUGGGAAGGCAGUGGCAACCUGAACCUAGCCACACCUGCGUCCUUCCAGGAUGCCUGAAAGCCAUCUUCCUGAAGUGGAGGUGUGGGUCUGGACACGCCUGGGUUAAGGCUUACAGACCGAGCAGUCUUUGACCUUCUAUGGCUUCUGGAAGCAAUAAUAAAUCUGAACCCAACUGGCAGCAUUUCCAGCCUUUCAACCAGUUGCCUCUGAGCCAGACCGGCUGUAAGCUGAAACCCCAGCAAGAAUCAAGGAGAGACUGUAGGCGGCCUCAGGACCCGCACAUCUUCCCUAAACAAGAACCUCAGCUGAGGGCAGUUCGGAGGACCAAUGGGUGGAAUGUGCUGCCUGCGAAAUUGUGGGCACAGCAAGACCCAGCCUGGCUCCUGCUUACAUUCAUGGUGAAUGUGGUUUCACAAGACCCAGAGUAUAAACUUUCAUAGACACUCUCUUUCAGAACUAACCCGUUACCCUACGAAAAAGCUAUGGCAGAUUCCUUACUUAGAUUUUAGUUAGAGCUCUGGGGAUUUCUAUGGAAAAAAAGUCAAUUUCUCAUCAGCAGAAUGGUACAUGUCAGUGGUUUGAAGGGGUUUUGUAGCCCUGCCUAAAUCGUGGUUUGGUGAAGUUGACUGGCCUAUCCGUUAUGAGUAGCUCUUUUGGCCUCUUCCCCACGAAUGUGUGACAGAGCUGAGAGGAGGCCUGGGUUAUGGACUGUGGUCGUGAAUGUGGUUAGAAAUGUGGCAUGAGGGGGGAGGGGGGAAAUGGCACUACCCUACUGUUAAAACCACCUACUCUGUAUAUCCUAAAGUGUGGCUAUGCGUGCCAGGGCUGGUGACUGUGGAAACGUGUGUUAGGUCUGCCCCUGUGCUGAGCUUACAAAGCCCAGGUCUCUUAGGUAGAAAGGAGAUAUUUAUAAACAUAGUAAUCUGUGAUCUGCAUCUGAGCUUAGACAAAAGGCUUCCCUACAUCCAGUGUGCUACUGAAGAACCCUUCAGUGAGCAUCCAGUGCAUAUUAGAACGAGACAUGGAAAGUGUGGUUGGCAGACAGUUUGGGAGAACAGGCUCCCUGGUGCCAUGUACCUAACCUAGGCUCUGUAAUACUCAUGGUGUUCUCAUGUGGGAGUGUUCUGUAAGGCAUUCCAUCUUCUUCCAUGAUGGCAUUUGCCUUCCAGAACAGUCUCUAAGGCUAAGGAAGUUUUUCUCUUCAUCUUAUGCCUUAUGACUUCGUUGAGCAGGAUUUACUUGGUUUCCAGGUUGAACUUACAUCAUCAGAUCUGACCUCUGCCUUUCAACCCUUUGCUCUUGUUCUGUUACAUUACACUUUGAAAAGAGCAUCAGUGUGAUAGAAUUCACUAGCAUAUCUGUUCUGAAGAUGCCCUGCUUAAAUGGGCUCUUUUACCCAACACUAAAUCCAAACAUUGAGAUGCAAUCUUCCUAGACUUUUUUAUCUUCUGUUUCCCCCCCAUGGUUUUCUCUCUUUGUAAGACAUGAGUAGAAUUUAAUGAGCCCUCUUACUGUGGCCUCUCUCUAUUCAUUAUUAUAGCUUUUGAUGUGUGUCUUCGGGCUUGUCCAUAUCUAUUGCUUCACAUGGCAUCUGUUCUUCUACCAGAUGUAGGAAGAACUUACCAUAGUGUUCCAUGGUAGUCCACAUCUGUUUUCAUGUCCACAUGGUACCCAGUCAUAACUGAUUGGCAUUUUGUUUGUGUGUCCCCAACCCUGAUGAGAAUUUGGCUUUAGGAAAGUCAUAAAAUAUUUAGGAUUUAACCAGCUGACUUCCAUGAGGGUGAAAACUGCGCUCCCCCAAAUGGCAUUCUCAUAAUGCACAUGUGUAUGCCAUUGUUUGCAACCCAAUCAUCUGUGUUAUGACAGAGAGAUGAUCAAAGCCAGCAGGGUUGUGUUCCUUUGUGUAACCUGAAUAUAUUUCCCACAUGCCGAGCCCUGAUGGACUUCAAAGACAGACACUGCUGAGGAAAGCCAGACUGAUUGGAAGUGAGACUUUGGCCCCAAAUCCCGAAACAUCACUUUCAAUCAGAAGAGAAAUGCUGAGGGUUAAAAAUUGAUUUCAUUUGAUACUGCAUUUGGAAGAUCCCAGAUUAUCAUCAAAAAGGAGACUCCUCCCACUGGCCACUCUAGAAAGAUGCAAUUGUGUUUUACAUUUUAUACUCUGUAAACAAGGGGGGGAAGCUGCAACCUGCACCCCAUGUUAUUGGAACAUCUUACAAGGCUGUUUACAAGGAGCUGGAGCGCUGAUGCCAGACACUGGGAUAGAGAGGCAUUCAGGCCUAGGGGGCACUGGUGCCACCUUCACAUGGCAGAAGCAAGGACAAGAUGGAGAAAAGGAUUGUUGGAUCAGUCAGGGCAAGUCAUGUGUUUUCUAUUUUGAAUAUAUGGAAUAUAUUUUGAAUUGUGGGGUUUUCUACUUUCAAGUUACUGCUGCUGUUACUUAGGAUAAGAACUGCUCUCUGUGUCAGAAGAAAAAGAACAGAAAAGGAAAAAGAAACAAUCAUUGCUUUUAAGAUAGUUUGUAUCAGCUUAGAUAUCAUCACAACUGUUUUACAUACUGGAAUUUAUAAAUUGUAAGUUAUCACUUUCCAAUACAAACCUUUUUUAAUGCUUUUUAAAAAUUGUGAAAUAAAAUCGAUACUUGUCA